AUGGGGAAUUGUUGUGAGAGCAUGGGCAAUUUUUUCGGCCGGCAAAAGAACACCAAUGUUCGUGUUAGUUUGCCGGCUGUCUGCUUCGUCUGGCAGAUUGCCAUGGUUGUGCUGUUUGGAGUUUUCAUCCGGUAUGAUGAUGAGUCAGACGCACAUUGGGCAGAGACCAAACUGCAUGAGAACAUCACCAGCGAUGUCGAAAAUGACUUCUACUACAGAUAUCCCAGCUUCCAGGACGUUCAUGUCAUGAUCUUUGUUGGAUUUGGUUUCCUCAUGACCUUCCUGAAACGCUACAGCUUCAGUGCUGUUGGCUUCAACUUCCUGAUUGCUGCCUUUGGUAUACAGUGGGCUCUUCUUAUGCAAGGCUGGUUCCACUCCCUCGACCCCAACACCGGAACAAUCAAAAUUGGAAUAGAGAAUCUGAUCAAUGCAGACUUCUGCUGUGCCGCUUCUCUGAUUGCCUACGGUGCCCUUCUGGGAAAAGUAAGCCCUGUCCAGCUGAUGGUUGUCACCUUAUUUGGCGUCACACUGUUCGCUGUUGAGGAAUAUAUCAUCCUCGAUCUCCUUCAUUGCAGAGACGCUGGUGGCUCCAUGGUCAUUCAUGCCUUUGGAGGGUACUAUGGUUUGGCCAUCUCCUGGGUCCUCUACCGACCAAACUUACACCAAAGCAAACGCCUCAACGGAUCUGUCUACCACUCUGAUCUGUUUGCCAUGAUUGGCACACUGUUCCUGUGGAUGUUCUGGCCUAGUUUCAACUCGGCUAUCGCAAACCAUGGCGACGGACAGCACAGAGCAGCCAUCAACACUUACAUUACCCUCACUUCCUCGGUUCUCACCACUGUGGCCAUCUCCAGCAUGUCUCAGAAGAGAGGAAAACUGGACAUGGUGCACAUCCAGAAUGCCACUCUGGCGGGCGGCGUUGCCAUGGGAGCAUCAGCAGAGCUCAUGAUCAUGCCUUAUGGUGCACUAAUUGUGGGUUUCUGCUGUGGCAUCAUCUCCACCUUUGGCUACCUGUAUGUCACGCCCUUCUUGGAGAAAUAUUUAAAGAUCCAGGACACAUGUGGGAUCCACAACCUUCACGCUGUACCAGGGAUGCUCGGCGGCUUUGUAGCUGCCAUUGUUUCUGCAAGCGCCUCUGUCUCUGUCUAUAGCAAAGAGGGGUUGAACAGCAUUUUUGAGGAAGUGGCUUCUGGAAAAAGAUCUGUAAAUACCCAGGGAGGCUACCAGGCUGCUGGCACUUGUGUGGCAAUUGCAUUUGGACUUGUUGGAGGAGCAAUUGUUGGAUUCAUUCUGAGGUUCCCUAUCUGGGGUGACCCUGCAGAUGACAACUGCUUUGAUGAUGAAGUUUACUGGGAGGUUCCUGAGGAUGAAGAGACCAUUCCUCCUGUUUUAGAGUACAACAACCACAUGAUACACAAGCACCAAGAGAUAUCUGAGUCCAACUUCUCUGUGGAGCAAACUUAGAAUUUCACAGUGAAAUAUCAAGCUCCUCAUACCACUUUGAACUAGAUACAGCUGUGAAACAAGACUCAUUUACAAAGAAGACACCCUCAGAAAUGCCAAGUCUACAAGGAAGGAACUCAUGUCUCACACUACACCUGAUACAUUAGUCUGGCACCAGGUAGUGAAUGGAAGCUUAUGAUGACGCUGCAGAAAAUGAUGACCAAAUAUCUCAUUAAUGGAAAUAUUAUUCUGAAUGCAUACUCUGAAGGACAUUUUAAACUGCACUUAUUAAACUUAUAAGAUUUGGUUAAUGGCUGGCAAAUGUCAGGUAGAAGAAUCCAAGCAGUAAGAUGAGACUCUAUUUAUGUUGUGUAAGCUAAGUAAUAACGCACAGAAGAAAAGAAGGAAUUUAGUGAAUAGUAUAUAUUGCUUAUUUUCCUACUUAUUCCUUAUAUAAUUCUUUCAAAAUAAUGUAAUAAUAAGUCUUUAUAAGAUGCGUGUUCAUAUGAGUCCACCUUUUUUUAUCACAUUUGUUUGUUGCAUAACUUGUUCUUAAGGUGUAAGUUUUGAGUACUACAGUAACUGAUACAAUUUCCAGUGUUUUGAUUGCUGUGGUAUUGAAUGUUACCUCCAAUAUACUAUCUGUUUUAUAGGUUUUUAUUAUCUUUGCUCUUGUAAAAGCACUGUGUAGCACAGUUUUGAAAAACAAUC